AUGACAUUGCGGAGUGGAAGAGCUCUUGAAGAAAGAAGAAUGAAUCCAAGAAAUAGCAGUCCUUCGAAAGAACACAUUACACGUUCAAUGGAUCAGGAAGAAAGAACACUUCAGACUACAAGCCAUUCAGAAACUAGUACGUCUGACGCGAGAAAGCCUGAUGUGCCGCUGAACGCACCAUUCCCUAGGCGUUCGAUGAAGAAGAAUGAUGAACAUCAAUUCAAGCGCUUUCUUGAGCUCCUAAAGCAGCUGCACAUCAACAUUCCACUUAUAGAGGCUUUGGAGCAGAUGCCAACAUAUGUAGAAAAUUUUAAGGACAUUUUGACGAAGAAAAGAAGAGUUGGUGAGAAGGAAGUGAUAGCACUAAUGCAGGAAUGUAACGCGUUAGUAAGCAAUAAUCUACCAAAGAAGCAGAAGGACCCUGGGAGCUUCACAGUUCCUUGUUCGAUAGAAGGAUUGGAUGUGGGUCAUUCGUUGUGCGAUCUAGGAGCCAUCAUUAAUCUCAUGCCACUUUCAAUUUUUAAGGGGAUUGGCGAAGCACAACCUACUUCUGUCACCCUUCAGCUUGCUGACAGAAAAAUUAAGUACCCAGAAGGGAAGAUUGAAGACGUUUUGGUGAAGGUUGACAAUCUCAUAUUCCCAACAGACUUUAUUAUCUAG